UUCAGCAUUCUCGCCGGAACCGAAACCGCCGCUUCCCCGGCCGGCAUAGCCGCAUUCCGGGGCUUCCCCAGCCGCGGGCCGCGGCCGCAUCCACAGCAUCUGUCGUCGUCAUGUCCGUUGCCGCGGCCGGCUCUGCACCACCGCCACCUCCGCUCUCAUGGGCUUACCAGAUCCGCGUGGCCGCCGCCCAUGGCCACUUCCGCGACGCCGUCUCCCUCUUCCUCCGGAUGCGCGCCUCCGCCGCGCCGCGCUCGUCCGUCCCGGCCUCCCUCCCCGCGGCGAUCAAGUCCUGCGCCGCCCUCGGCCUCCGCGCCCUCGGCGCCUCCCUACACGGGCUGGCCAUCCGCUCCGGCGCAUUCGCCGACCGCUUCACCGCCAACGCCCUCCUCAACUUCUACUGCAAGCUCCCAGAUUCGUAUCUCCACUCCUCCGGUGUGAUCAGCAUGGAUGGCACGGGAUCAGCAACCGCACUGGAGAGCGUGCGGAAGGUGUUCGACGAAAUGCUCGAGAGGGACGUGGUGUCCUGGAACACUUUGGUGCUGGGCUGUGCAGAGGAAGGGAGGCACCAGGAAGCGCUGGGUUUGGUCAGGAAGAUGUGGAGUGAUGGGUUUAGGCCUGACUCGUUCACCUUGUCCAGUGUGCUGCCAAUCUUCGCUGAGUGUGCCGACGUCAAGAGAGGAAUGGAGGUUCAUGGCUUUGCGAUCAGGAAUGGGUUUGACAACGAUGUGUUUGUUGGCAGUAGCCUGAUUGAUAUGUAUGCGAAUUGCACUCGGACCGAUUACUCUGUCAAAGUGUUUGACAAGCUCCCGGUACGUGACCCAAUUCUGUGGAACUCCAUGCUUGCAGGGUGUGCCCAAAAUGGUUCAGUUGAGGAGGCUCUUGGAAUAUUUCAUCGGAUGCUGCAGGCUGGAGUUAGACCUGUGCCUGUGACUUUCUCAAGCCUCAUACCUAUUUGUGGCAAUUUGGCGUCGUUGCGCUUUGGAAAGCAGCUGCACGCCUAUGUGAUCCAGGGUGGGUUUGAAGAUAAUGUGUUUAUAUCUAGCUCCCUGAUUGACAUGUACUGCAAAUGUGGGGAGAUUAGCAUUGCCCGUUGCAUCUUUGACAGGAUGCCUUCACCAGACAUUGUAUCACGGACUGCGAUGAUCAUGGGGUAUGCAUUGCAUGGUCCAGCAAGAGAGGCUCUCGUGCUGUUUGAGAAAAUGGAAUUGGGAAAUGUGAAGCCUAAUCAUAUCACCUUUCUUGCGGUUCUCACUGCAUGCAGUCAUGCUGGAUUGCUGGAUAAGGGCCGGAAGUAUUUCAAUAGUAUGUCAGAGCAGUAUGGAAUUGUUCCUACUCUAGAGCACUGUGCAGCUUUUGCAGAUAUCCUUGGCCGUGCAGGAGAGUUAGAUGAAGCAUAUAGUUUUAUAUCUAAGAUGCAAAUAAAGCCAACUCCAUGUGUAUGGUCCACAUUGUUAAGGGCUUGCAGGGUCCAUAAAAAUACCUUUUUAGCUGAGGAAGUAGCCAAGAAAAUUAUGGAGCUUGAACCUAGGAGCAUCAGUUCUCAUGUAGUUUUAUCAAAUGUGUAUUCAGCUUCUGGGAGAUGGAAUGAAGCAGCACGCCUUCGGAAAUCUAUGAGAAAUAAGGGUAUGAAGAAAGAUCCAGCUUGCAGUUGGAUUGAAGUGAAGAACAAACUGCAUGUAUUUGUUGCUCAUGAUAGGUCCCAUCCCUUGUACGACAGGAUUAUUGAUGCACUGAAUGUUUUCUCAGAGCAGAUGGCACGCCAAGGAUAUGUGCCUAAUACAGAGGAUGUUUUCCAGGACAUUGAAGAAGAGCAGAAGAGAUAUGUGUUAUGUGGUCACAGUGAGAAGCUUGCUAUAGUGUUUGGUAUUAUAAGCACACCUUCUGGAACCACAAUUCGUGUGAUGAAGAAUCUACGAGUCUGUAUUGAUUGCCACACAGUAACCAAGCAUAUCUCAAAAUUAGCUGAGAGGGAGAUUGUUGUGCGUGAUGCAAACCGUUUCCACCACUUUAAGGAUGGAAAUUGUUCCUGUGGGGACUUUUGGUGAUUGGAUAACACUUGGGAUCAUCAUAUGUUUGUGAAAUGAGUUCCUACUGCAUGUUGUCUGUACUGAGUGUGGGCAAUUGAUGGAAAUGAACCUUCCCAAUCUAAGUGUUUUCCAUCAUGACGAGGAUAUAAGCUAUUUGAUUAUUUCUGAAAUUAUAGUGGAAUCACAGGCCGAACUGAAGGUUGCCUUUAGUUUAGAAAACCUAGCUAAUUGGUUCUUCGCAUAAUGAGCCAGUCAUUCUCUUGCUCUCAUUUGAAGAACUAUAGUAAGUGGGACUAAAAAAGGACAGUAUUUCUAGCACAAUUGAAAGCCAUCUACAUGUGCCAUAUGUCUUGAUUCUUUGAACAUAUUAAGCUGUGGUUGUACACUGCCUGAAGCAUAUGUACAAGUUUACAGGUAUUGAUGAGUUACGAUAUUUAUCCUUCAGGGUACACCAAAUGAGCGGCCCGUGGUGGACGCCCAUGAUUCCGGGCAAUAGCAGCACACUCUGGACUCUGGACAGUGCCAUUAUUUUCCUUCUUCCAACAUGGAGCCACCACACCAAUGACCAAUGUACAUAGCGGAUGGCAGGUACGAUCUGCAGUGUAAAGCUGCAACAUCAGGAUCCAGGUCUGAAAGGUUCGGUUUCGAUGCCGAAUCAUUAUCGGAUCUCGCAGCUGCUACAGUAAUCCGGCAAUCCGAGGUUGGAGCGGCGGCAUGGCACGACCGGUGCGAGUGAAUUCUCCUCGUUCCGGUGCUUGCUGCAGCCUGGUAGCUGUACGACUCGGCACGAGCACGCCAUGAAUGAGUUCAUUGAUUCCUUGUUGUGAAUCUGGGACCAUCCAUCCAGCCCCAUGUGUAAGUACCCAGCCAGCCCAUAUUGCUUACAGCGGAGACUACAGCUGGAGGUCGCAUUAGUCCAAGAUCCAGCUUGACUGAUGUAGCACCGCACCGCCUCGUCGCCGCUGGUGUGAGACGAAACACAGGCCAUGCCACGUCAUUUUUUACAAAGCUUGUUCUCUGCA